UACAUUUGAAAUUCUUCUUCUUUUGUUGUUAUUCCUCGAGCAUUAUAUUCUGUGGUCCCAAAUUUAUAUACCAAUGUUCGAUAGGUUUGCUUAUCAUUCUUGUCCUGACUUCCAACGGAGAACCUAGUCUGUUGUUAAGUGACGGUUAAUUUGGUUUUACUCUAGUGACUGCUAAAACUGUUAUUACCAGUGCUGAAACAUUUGUUUGCCACAGUCCUGUAUAUCAACACAAAUCCUGCCACUAUGAUUGCUGAUGAAGAAUAUUUAGAUGAUAAUGUGGCUCAAACUAUUAUGAAAAGCAUAAGGAAUGCCAUGAAAUGCUGCUGUUGUGGAAAGACCAUGGAACUACCAAUAUGGACUUGUUUGUCUGGCCACAAUAUAUGUUCCAAAUGCACUAAAUCGAACGAAGUAUGUCCGCAAUGUUUCGGUAAUACCAAGGAACGUUUGAGGAAUUUCGAAUUAGAAAAAAUCUAUAAUAUCUGCAUAGGUAAAAGUCCAACAUUCUUUGAAGAAGAAUAGAAGAGAGGGUUUAAUUCCAUGUUAUCACUGAAGCUGACAAGGAGCAAGUUAAAACU